AGUUUCAAUCUUUUCCCUAUCGUUUCUACGUUACGUGUGCUCUUAUCAACCUCUAUUUUUUGAGGCAGCGAGGGACAGGACACUCGAAAGCUCAAUUUUAUUUUAUUUUUUUGUUUAUUUCUCUCAAGAAAGUUCAAAUUCUAUCUGGGUGUCUCUAAGCGGAACAAGCAAACGCAAAUGAGCUUCCGCGAGUUGGGUUUUGUUGCUUCAUGAGCACUACUACCACUAUGUUGGAUUCUUUAACCUAUUGCCAAAGCUUUAAGGGAUAUGACCUUACCAAACAAAAGAGUCCGGGUUACUCUCAUGCUAUUUCACGAUUCUGUAGAAGUUCUAUUUUGAUGCUUUAUUCAGUUAACAAGCAAGUGCCGCUACUGUCACGUGGUGUUAGUCACGGGAUAUUUCAUGGGACUUCUGUGUCAGAAAAUUUCAUUAAAAGGAGACAUCUCAAUGUUCCAUCAUUUUCUGGUUGGAAAGGAUUCUAUUUCUCUAAGUGUAGGCCAUUACGUUGGGAACGGUUACAGACUAAUGUAGCAUAUGAUGUUGCUGGUGCUGUUGAUGUCAUCAAUGAUUUGGGAUUGGAUACUCUUACUUUCUUGGCUGUGACUGUCUUAAUUGUGCCCACAUUCAAGUCAAUUAAAGCCAGUCCUAUACUUGGUUUCUUCUUUGCUGGGGUGGUGCUCAAUCAGUUUGGUUUAAUUAGAAACCUUACAGAUGUUAAAAUUUUGUCUGAAUGGGGGAUCCUUUUCUUGCUGUUUGAGAUGGGUUUAGAGCUUUCACUUGCACGUCUGAAAGCGCUUGCAAAAUAUGCCUUUGGGAUGGGAUUGGCUCAGGUUGUACUAUCUACUUUAGCAUUUACUGCUUUUGAACUUCCACCAAAUGGGGCCAUUGGAACACAAAUUUUACAAUUCCUUUUCCACUCAAGGUCAGAUCUGGUGAACAUCAGAAGUGUCGAUGAAGCUGUAGUGAUCGGUGCUGCUCUCUCUCUGUCAUCUUCUGCCUUUGUUCUACAGCUUCUUGCAGAGAAAGGUGAGCUUCCUACAAGAUUUGGUUCGGCAACUCUUGGAAUACUUCUUUUGCAGGACUUAGCUGUUGUUCCUCUUUUAGUCAUUCUUCCAAUACUAGAGAGCCAGAAUAUGUCUGAGGAAAGUGUUUUGCCCAUGCUUGCUCAAGAAAGUUUGAAGGCAUUAGGUGGAUUGGGUCUGCUUUCUCUUGGGGCAAAGUACAUUCUCAGAAGAGUUUUCGAGGUUGUUGCAGAUACAAGGAGCUCAGAGGCUUUUGUUGCUCUUUGCUUGCUGACUGUUGCCGGGACUUCACUAGUCACACAGAAUUUGGGCUUUAGUGAUACGCUUGGAGCAUUUUUAGCUGGAGCAAUCUUAGCAGAGACAAAUUUCAGGACCCAGAUUGAAGCUGACAUAAGACCGUUUAGAGGCUUACUGCUUGGGUUAUUUUUUCUAAGUACAGGAACUUCAAUUGAUAUGCAGCUCCUUUUGCGAGAGUGGCCAAAUGUACUUUCACUCUUGGGAGGUUUAAUUGCUAUCAAGACAUUGAUCAUUACUGCAAUUGGUCCUCGUGUUGGGCUUACUUUACAAGAGAGUGUAAGAAUAGGAUUGCUUCUAUCCCAAGGAGGCGAGUUUGGAUUUGUAGUUUUCUCCUUAGCAAAUAGGCUUGGGGUGCUUCCGCUUGAGCUCAACAAGCUGCUCAUAAUUGUUGUUGUAUUGUCAAUGUCAUUAACCCCCUUUCUAAAUGAAGCUGGAAGAAGGGCUGCUAGUUAUAUUGAAGACAAAUAUGAUGCUGAGAAUAAACAGAAACCAGCUGAGAUGUUGAACUUCAAUGCUAGUGAACCUGUUGUUAUUCUUGGAUUUGGACAGAUGGGCCAGGUCCUUGCCAAUUUCCUAUCAAAUCCAUUGGCUUCAGGAGGAGAUAGUGACGCAGUAGGAUGGCCUUAUGUGGCAUUUGAUCUUGACCCCACAGUAGUAAAGGCAGCUAGAAAACUUGGUUUUCCUAUUCUCUACGGGGAUGGAUCACGUCCGACUGUUCUUCAAUCUGCCGGUAUCUAUUCUCCGAAAGCUAUCAUGGUUAUGUACAGUGGGAAAAAGAAGAUUAUGGAAGCUGUUCAAAGGUUGCGGUUGACUUUUCCUGCAAUCCCAAUCUAUGCCAAAGCUAAAGAUCUCAAGCAUCUUUUAGAUUUGAAGAAAGCAGGGGCAACGGAUGCCAUUUUGGAAAAUGCAGAGACGAGCUUACAGCUUGGUUCUAAGCUGCUGACAGGCCUUGGUGUGAUGUCUGAUGAUGUAGCAUUUUUGAGUCAGCUUAUUAGAGAUUCCAUGGAACUACAAGCUGAAGAAGCAAUCAGCCACUCCGAAGAACGUGAAUUAGAUAUUAUGAAACCACUGCAGGUGAGAGCUGAUGACUUGAUGGAGGCAAGUGUACCGAUGGCAACAACUUCACCAGAAUAUGAAUCAUCAGAACUGAACCAGAAAGAAGAUCAAGCUUCGUUGAGUAGAAUUCAGAAGGAAGUAGAUGCUGAAGAACAAGAUUAUGAAAUAAAUCAAGCUGCGAAUUUAGAAGGAAAUGGUAUUUUAUGUAGUAAACAAGGUACUGAAGAAAGCUCAAGGGUUGGAUCUCAAGAUGCUAUUGAACAGAAUAAUAUGGCAGACACAUCAAUCCCUUAUAAUACUGCCAUGGAGGAACCCUGACAAUGAUAUAGGGCUUCUUCCCAUUAGUUUUGAAGUUAUUAAUUCAAAUAAUCUCAAAGUAUUGAACUUAUUAUUGCACUAACCUGUAACUUCUGAAAGAUUUCAGCAAGUUGUCAUUUUUUUUCAGAGCUAACGAUAUAUGUAUAGGAAACAUCUCAAUUCAAGAGAGAGUUUGUAGAACAGCAUCAUUCCAACUGAGAUACUCAUUUGAAUUCUUUGGAAAUCACAAAAUGCAUAGUAAUUAAACCUAUGUA